GUUGUGGAACUCAUUUGGAUGGUUUAAAAAUGAUUUUGUGGCUUGCUUAUUUGCUCCUUUUUCCUUCCUGUAAAGCUAAAAUAUUUUUCGACAUCGAUGAGGAAUUUCGAGAUUGUGAAAAUGGAAAACCCUUGCCCCAGUUUCAUACAUCCGACUUCCACAUAAUUGUUCAAGACGAUGGAACUAUUAGAGUGAACGGAACCGUAAGAUUUUUACAGGACUAUGGAAGUCCAACCAGAUGGAGGUUGACAUCGCAGAGGUUGCAACAAGGCGAGUGGCAAACUGGGAUAGUGUCACGGGACGUUCCGAACAUCUGUCUUAAUUUGCAAAUUCCAGCUGAACCAUGGUACCCGUUCACAAGUCUCAUGAAGCAGAAAACGUGUCCCUUUAAGGCUGGGCACGAGGAACACGCCGAUAACAUUAACAUUGGUAACUAUGCUACAAUAUUUGCUGUCCCACCGGAGUACCUCGGGGAUUGGCGAAUUUACUUUACGAUAACUACACUACGGAGAGGAACCUUCUUUGAAGAGUGCAUCAUGUCUCCGGUCUCCGUGUUGGAGCUUUGAUUUCA